AUGUCCCAGGGAUCUGCGAUGAGUCCGACCGGGCGCAAAAAUAGAGACUCCAUCAAAACCCCAACUUCUUGUUUGCCCCGGAAGCAGCAGCAGGAUGGUGAGGUAAUGGACCGACUGCAAAGGCUGGAGGCAGCUAUGGAGAGCCUGAUUGGGGAAAUUCGACUGUCCAGGGAAACGAGUGGAAUGCAUUCUACCCCAACAGUCGACUUUGGAAACGAUUUGCCAGUGUUCUCUAAGUCUCCGGCUAUCGAUGACGUCCUAGAAGCCAGAACUGUGAAAGAAACGCCCACGGCAGCCAUUUUCAGUAUCCGCGACAUGCUAGAUCAGCACUCUAGGGGGGCCCUCGGCUUCCCACCAAAGACUUAA